UUCCAGCCUGCCGGGUUUGACCUCAGCGGCUCCAGCGCAGGUAGGCAUACGUGUGCUGUCUGCUGUCUGUCUGGUGCAGCUUGCUCGCUGCGGGGCCACCGUCAAGGUGUUGACACCUCCACGAAGUGUUGCUGACACAGGAUGGAGACCUCCAGUAAGAACGAGUCUCUGUGCCGUGUGUGUGGGGACAAGGCCUCGGGGAAGCACUACGGGGUGCCAAGCUGCGAUGGCUGCAGGGGCUUCUUCAAACGCAGCAUCAGACGCAAUCUUGACUAUGUCUGCAAGGAGAGCGGGCAUUGCGUGGUGGACGUGACGCGCCGCAACCAGUGCCAAGCCUGCCGCUUCAACAAGUGUCUGCAGGUCAACAUGAAGAAGGACGCGGUGCAGCAUGAGAGGGCGCCACGGAACCCGCUGUCUCAUCACCACCAUCACCACUACAGCGGGGCGCGGAGGUCACUGUACCACCCUGGGGCGCCUCCGCCAGGCCUCCUGGACCUGCCGCCGGCAACAGCUGCUCUAUGCCCUGGACUUGGAAGCAUUCAGACACCAGCGCCAGGGUUGUGCAGUGGCCUGCAGCAUAACUCAGCGGCAGUGGCGGCAGCAUAUCUGCAGCAACAGCUCCUCACUUACGGCCCGACAACAGCUUCGACCGCCACGCUACCCUUCGCUGCCAUUAAGCAGUCUGCUUCUGCAUUCACAGCGCCACUGGGUCUGCAGUUUCAGCUGCACUCGCUCGGAUCCCCGGCUCCGUCUCCUACUAAUGCAACGGACAGCUACCAGCAACAGCUUGGUCGUACACCGGCAUCGUCAGCCGCAAGCGCCAAGGAAGACGAAGUAACAAGUUCAGAAGAGGCGAAAGCCUUCUCAGAAAAUGAUAACAAUGUAGAAGUCAGAGAUGCGUGUGAUCGGGGGUACCGAACGAACGAGGGCGGAAGGUUGACACCUGCGCCAUCUCUGAGCCGACCGUGCUCACUACGUCCGCUCGACCUCACCUGUCUCACGCUCCUACCGGCAGAAAAUGUAUAUGAAUCAGCAGCCAAGCUGCUCUUCCUGGCGGUAAAAUGGGCGCGAAGCAUUCCAUCAUUCCUGCAGCUGACGUUUCGCGACCAGGCCAUCUUGCUAGAGGAAGCGUGGAGUGAGCUGUUUGUGCUGAGCGCCGCCCAGUGGGCCUUGCCUGUAGAUGAAGAAUCACUGGUAAAUGGAGCGGUGGCGCCGGCGUCAAGACAUAGCGUGCUCGAGGAAGACGCCCGGCGCCUGAGAGAUACAAUUUCUCGCUUCGUGCUCCUACGGGUGGAUCACACAGAGUUCGCAUGCCUCAAGGCACUCGUACUUUUCAAAGCAGAGAGCCACGGACUACGCAACGCGGCACACGUGGAGCUGCUACAGGACCAGACGCACGUCAUGUUGCAUGAAUACUGCGCUGCCCGACACAAAGCAAGAUUCGGUAAGCUGCUGUUGUUGCUGCCAUCUGUCGGGAGUCUGAGCAGACAGAGCCUGGAAGAGCUAUUCUUCAGGAAGACCGUGGGAGACGUGCCCAUAGAACGACUCCUUGGGGACAUGGUAAAAUCUUCCUCUGGGUAGAGGGAACUAUUGCUGCAAUGGGUCACGAUCGGGAAGCAAGUAGCGAUUCUUAACGCCAGUAUCACACGGCGUUGCUAUGGGUUUUCAUCAAUUUUCAGAAUACAUGAGCCUUACUUCUUAUCGUAUUUACCGUGAAAUUCGUCAUCUUGAAGAUAGGAACAAAAUUUUAAAAUACUGACAAAAUAUAGAUCUGUCCUGCAGAGUAUUUUUUUUAAUUCUCUUAGUGGGGGGUGGAGUCCAACUGGGUCCAUUCGGCACG